AUGAGUGACGAGUCAGGUGAAGUAUACAGUACGAAGGAGGAAACUGCCAACGUUUUCCGCAAACUCACCUCCAAACAGGACAAUCGUGUUUGUUUCGAUUGCGGUACCAAGAAUCCAACAUGGACGUCGGUGCCUUUCGGUGUGAUGUUGUGCAUCCAAUGUUCUGCAGUACACCGUAACUUGGGGGUUCACAUCACAUUCGUGAAGUCCUCGAAUCUUGACAAGUGGACCGUUAACAAUCUAAGGAGAUUCAAACACGGUGGGAACCACAAAGCGCGUGAAUAUUUCAUGAAAUACAACGGAAAGCAAUUUUUAGGCACCAACGUGGACGCGCGCAUGAAGUACACCAGUUCCGUGGCUAAAAACUACAAGAGCCAUCUCGAUAAACUAGUUGCUAAGGACAUGGAACAAUAUCCUGGAAAGAUCGUCUUGGAUGCGGAGGAAGACGCUGGGGAUCUUUCAACAGGCUCCGGCUCCAGUUCGGUUGGAUCCUCUAAAAACAACAGUGUAGACGACUUCUUUUCCAGUUGGGAAAAGCCUGCCACCGCAGCAGGCUCCUCGUCACCCAAAAUACUGUCGCCUUCCAACACCGGCAACUCCAGAACCGCUUCUAAAACCUCUAUUUUGUCAGGCACCAGUAGUAGUAGAAGAAGAGCGACGAAUGCCCCAGGCGCCACUAAAAAACACUCGAUUUUAUCCUCCGGGCGGAAAUCUACUCGAGUAAGCGCACAAAAAGUGGGCAAAUCUGAAGCUGAGAAUAUGUUUGACGAUUUUGAAAAGGCAGCUUUGCUAGAGGCAGACGAGGUCACGCCGAAAAUCAACCGUUCCUUAACUUCAGAGCCCAAAACGAUUUAUGAUCAACCGGCCCCUGUGAAAAUAGGCUCUUCUCUAGAAUCUGACGCUUCUGAAUAUAAUGACGGUAUUGCAUUCGAUCAGGUAAAAGCUGGCUUUGUAUCGUCUGAGGCCGAAACUGCUAAGCCAAAAUUGGCCAAACUUGGUUUUGGUAUGAUUAUGAAUGAUGCUGAGCAAUUGGCCAAUAAUGCUAAAGAAGCUAAAAGAGCGGCUUCAGGCCCCAAAUAUACAGGCAACGUUGCUGCUCAAUACGGUAGUCAAAAAGCCAUUUCUUCCGACCAAUAUUUUGGAAGAGGCACAUACGAUGAAGAUGCUUCCCGUGAGGCGAAGGAUAAGCUGAAAAGCAAUUUUAACAAUGCUACUUCAAUAUCAUCUUCCACCUAUUUUGGAGAGGAACAGCCUGAGGUUGAUGAAUUUGGCCGCCCAAGAUUGGACACUCAAACCAGCGGAUUUGUGGAUUUCAAUAACGGGGCUGACGAUGAAUUCCAGGUAAUCAAGGACGUCGUCGAACAGGGUGCGCAAAAACUAGGCAACUACUUGAGGGACUACUUGAGGAACUGA